AUCUGCAGCAGCUGCUGCAGAGCGGCCAGGAGGAGGGUGGAACUCUUGAGAGCCGGGCGCCCGGAGUUCUCCUCCUCCUGCCGCCCAGGCUCCACCGCCGCCUGUCGGACUCCUCCUCCUGCCGCUCCCGGCGUGGAGUGUCCCGGACAAGGGCCGAGAACUCUGGCCGGAGCCAGCUCAGUCGCAGCUUCCGGAGCCCGCAGGGCGGUAGACUGGUUUGCAGUGCAGAUUCCUCUUAAUCCUUUGGUGACAAUUCUGUGACACAGGAUGGCCACAAAUAAGCCCAAGGGUCAGAAUUCUUUGGCCUUACACAAAGUCAUCAUGGUGGGCAGUGGUGGUGUGGGCAAGUCUGCUCUGACUCUGCAGUUCAUGUAUGAUGAGUUUGUAGAGGACUAUGAGCCUACUAAAGCAGACAGCUAUCGGAAGAAGGUGGUGCUGGAUGGGGAGGAAGUGCAGAUCGAUAUCUUGGAUACAGCUGGGCAAGAGGACUACGCCGCAAUUAGAGAUAACUACUUCCGGAGUGGGGAGGGUUUCCUCUGUGUCUUCUCUAUUACAGAAAUGGAAUCCUUUGCAGCCACAGCUGACUUCAGGGAGCAGAUUUUGAGAGUAAAAGAAGAUGAGAAUGUUCCAUUUCUGCUGGUUGGUAACAAAUCAGAUUUAGAAGAUAAAAGGCAGGUUUCUGUAGAAGAGGCGAAAACCAGAGCCGAUCAGUGGAAUGUUAAUUAUGUGGAAACAUCUGCUAAAACUCGUGCUAAUGUUGACAAGGUAUUUUUUGAUUUAAUGAGGGAAAUUCGAGCCAGAAAGAUGGAAGACAGCAAAGAAAAGAAUGGAAAAAAGAAGAGGAAAAGUUUAGCUAAGAGAAUCAGAGAAAGAUGCUGCAUUUUAUAAUCAAAGCCCAAACUCUUUCUUAUCUUGACCAUACUAAUAAAUAUAAUUUAUAGCAUUGCCAUUGAAGGCUCAAUCAAUUGACUGAAAUUACUUUAACAUUUUGGAAAUUGUUAUGUAUCACUAAAAGCAUGAAUUGGAACUGCACUGAAAGUCAAAUUCACUUAAAAAAGAAAUUAAUGUGGCUUGACCAAGAAGCAAAGUCUACUUAUUUCAUAAUUGCUACAUUUAUCACAGUCCUGAAUGUAACAUAUGAGCUUGUGUUUUGAGGGCAGUCUUAAACUGUUAAAAAGGUGAGAUGGAGGUGGGGGAUGGGAGGAAAGGCUACUUCCUCUGGUUUAUUAUAAAGCUUAAAUUUUAUAUCGUUUUAAAAUGUCUUUGUCUUAUACUGCCUUUAAAAUAACAAUUGUGAACAUGAUAGUCAAACUCUACCACUUCUUUAACCAUUGUUUUGCAAAAUAUAAAAGAAAAGUUAUUGGCAUGAUUGUUGCAUAUAGUUAAACUGAAAGUAAUUCUGUGAACCUGCAUUAAUUUCCUGGUGAUGAACUUAGAAAAGUGAUGUAAACUUGUAUAUGGGAAUUUUUGAAUAUGCCUUAAUUUAGAAACUGAAAAAUACCUGGUUACAUCAUUCUGGGUGUGUCCUCACUGGUGCCGUGGGCCCAUUGCCCCGUGUGUCCUGGUGAGAGACUAUAUGCCUAGUAUGGAAUACAACUUUUGUAAAGAAGGUUCUUAAGAAGUAACUGUCUGCUAUGAGUCUGUCCAAAUUUAAAACGUGUGCCAUACUCUGGUUCUUGAAAGUAAGGUUCCAGAGCUCUUGAUUGCUUUUAGUUAACUAUACAGUAGUUUAAAAUGAAGGAUCAGCAUGUACUUAUAAGAUAAUUUUGGAUUCUGAGGAUUCAGUAACAGUUGUUUUAGUGAACCUUCUCUUUAAGAUGCUGGUCCCUAGAAAUCCCUUUUUGUAACAGUUAAGCAUAUGUUAAGUUUUUUACCUUUUUGGAGCAGGCACAGGAAAAACAGCAAUAGUGCUAAUGCAUUUUGCACUAGAACACUGGGAAAAUAUUCAUGCUUGCUACUUGUUAAUUUUUAAAUUUGUACUCAUGAGGUUACGGUUUGGCUGCACAGGAGUUAUUAAUAUUUGUAGUCUGUUUGUUUUCAUAAUGAAGAACGCCAUAGCUACAUUUUCCUAAAGUUAACAUCAAGCAAUCAAACCUGAGUAUAGUGCAGAAAACAUGUUCGGUGUACACAGACCAGACUUAGACCUGUGUUACCAUUGCGUGGUGUGCCCAAGGGAAGAACUCUAGCAUGCUAUUUGGGAACAUAAUUUCAAUGGGAAACGCACCACUGUCAGAUUUUUCUUUUCCUUGGAACAGAGCUAAGACAGUUGAUUGACAGAGUUUUUCUUUUUGUUCAGUUCUAAUUUCAAGAAGUCAGAGAUGUGUUCAGGCAUUCCAGGUAACAGAUGUAUACGUAAAGUUAAUAAAAAUAGGCUUUUUAGAAACUCAACUCUUUAGAUAUUACAUCCAGCUUGUGUUAAAUAUGUGUCCUUAAAGGGUUUGAGAUGUACAUCUUUCAUUUUGUAUUUUUCAUAGGCUAUGACAUGUGCAGAAUUAAAGUACCAAUGUAAUGCUGGCCCUGCGGGCCCAGCGAUCUCCAUGUAUACUCAUUGCAGUCUUAUUUAACCAGGGGUCUUAACCACUAACAUUAUGACUUUGCUUUGAGACCUUUCCUCUCCUGGGUACUGAGGUGCUAUGAAGCCAACUGACAAAGAUGCAUCACAUGUCUUAGGCUGAUGCCACUACCCGAUUGGUUUAUUUGCAAUUUGAGCCAUUUAAAGACCAAUAAACUUCCUUUUUUUAAAAUGU